UGGACCGGCUCCAACAUUGUAUCGGACUAUCGGCCCAAAAACAAUCAGUCAAGUUCCGCGGUCCGCCUCUUCACAGCUUCUUCUUCCCCAUCGACCAAGACUUACCAGACAUCAGAACGUCCGACUCUCCGAGUCUCCGACGCACCGCCGCUGCGUCCGCCCGCCUGCACCUGCGACCGCCUACCUCACUGCCGCACGGACCGCACCAGCACGCUGCAAAAUACUCGGAUUCCCGUAUUUCAGGCUCACCACUCAGCCAGGUUAACAUGAUGCUGCGGAUGACUCGAAUCCGAUCGUACUGCACGAACGUGGUGAAGAAGAUGUCUUUGUAUUCCAAAAUCAGCCCUUUGGGAAACCCUACCACAAGCAUAGUCCCUCAGCUCGAUGAAUGGGUGCGACAAGGCAAUAAGGUGCGAUUUGCAGAGCUUCAACGCAUUGCCAUUGAUCUGCGCAAGCGCAAGCGCUUCUCUCAAGCUCUUGAGGUUUUUAACUGGUUAAAGAAGAAUGUUGAAAUAAGAUUCUCUGCAACUGAGCAUGCAAUGCGUUUGGAUCUUAUCGGUAGGGUUCAAGGGAUAGUCUCCGCCGAAGAGUAUUUCAAUGGCUUGAGCGAAGAAGAUAAGAACGAAAAGACUUACGGUGCUUUAUUGCAUUGUUAUGCCAGGCAGCUCCAAGUUGACAAGGCAUUACUCCAUUUACAGAAAAUGAAGGAGAGAGGUCUCAGCUUAACCUCAGUUGCCUUCAAUGACAUAAUGGGGCUUUACACAAGAAUUGGUGAGUAUGAAAAAGUGCCCGAAGUGCUUGAUCUUAUGAAGAAAAAUGGUGUGUGCCCUGAUAAUCUUAGCUACAGAACCUGUAUCAAUUCAUAUGGAGAACGGUCAGAUAUUGAUGGGAUGGAAAAACUUCUGAAUGAAAUGGAAAACCAAACACAUCUCAUCAUGGACUGGAAUACAUAUGCUGCCAUAGCAAAUUGCUACAUCAAAUUAGGGCUACCUAUGAAAGCAAAUUUCAUGCUUGCAAAAGCAGAAGAGAAGAUUGAUGUGAAAAGCCGAGAAAUUUAUAAUUUUCUUAUCUCAUUACACUCUAAGCUGGGAAACAAAUCACAUGUCUUUAGAUUAUGGGAGGCUGCAAAGAGCAAUUGUAAGAAACUUGUUAAUCAAAAUUAUAUAACGAUGCUGAAAUCUUUGGUUAAACUCGACGAACUUGAUGAAGCAGAGAAACUUCUUAUAGAGUGGGAGAGCUCUGGAAACUGUGAUGAUCUACGAGUGCCAUGCACAGUUAUUAGUGGAUAUAUUGACAAGGAGUUGUUUGCAAAAGCGGAGAAUAUGCUUAAAGAUUUAAAGAGUAAAGGAAAAAUAGUAUCACCAAGUAUAUGGGGAAUAGUUGUGGAAGGCUACUUGGAUAAAGGUGAGCUGGAGAGGGCAAUUGAGUGUAUGAAUGUUGCCUUGUCUUUGAAGGAGAGUGAAGAAUGGAAACCUAAUACUAAGGUUGUUAUGGGAAUUAUAAGUUCUUUUGGUGAGAAGUGUAGCUCAAAAGAAGUUGAAAGCUUUAUAAGUUUGUUGAAAAGGUCUGUACCGUUGACCAGACAGAUGUACCACCAGCUGCUUAGGUCCUAUGUGGCUAGAGGCGAAGAUGUGGAUGGGCUUCUGAACUGCAUGAAAGCGGACAACAUCUACGAAGAUGAUGAAACAAAGUCCAUCCUUAAAAUGAAUUUUGGAAGUUGAACAGUAUGUAGAUUUCUAUUUCUGCAGACAAAUUUCGCAGGUCUUGUUUUAAAAAAACUAGUUAUGUUUUUUUUACUCAAAACUCGCUCUUAUGUAGUUCUUGCUUUAAUUCGUACAUUGAUCAAUAAAUGCAUUUCUUUUGUGGC